AUGGCAGGCGCAAAGAAGCGUAAGGCUGUCACUAAAGAUGUCGAGGAGGACGCCGCGGUCGUCUCGGGCGAUGAGUUCGACUUUGGUAACCUGGAUGGUACUCUUUCUGACAGCGACUUGGGGAGCGGUGGCAGCGAAAGCGACAUUGAUAGCGAGGCUGAAGAAGAUGCUGAUUCCAUUGCAAGCAACGAAAGCCAACCCGAUGACGAUGAUAUCCUUAAGCCUCGUCAAGACAGAAUCAACGGUCGAGUGAACAUUGCUGUCGAUAACAAACCGGUGUCCAACUUGGUAGAAGAAUCUGACGAUGACGAGCCGAACUACAAAAUUGUGAAGGACGCAAAUGGGAAUGAGAGAUACGUUUACGAUGAGAUUGAUCCGGGAGAUGACUCGGAUUAUUCAGUAGCAGGUGAUGAAGCAAAUACCAUAGGGGACAUACCACUUUCUUUCUACGACUCCUACCCCCAUAUCGGAUACAAUAUCAAUGGGAAGAAAAUCAUGAGGCCAGCAAAAGGACAAGCUCUUGAUGCUCUGUUGGACAGUAUCGAUGUACCCAAGGGCUGGACCGGUCUGACCGACCCUUCUACCGGCAAACCUCUCGAGCUUUCACAGGAAGAGCUACAACUGCUGCGAAAGAUUCAGAUGAAUGAAAUGCCUGUUGAUGGGUAUGAUCCUUACGAGCCGACUGUUGAGUGGUUCACAAGCAAGUUGGAAACAAUGCCACUAAGUGCAGCCCCUGAGCCCAAGAGACGAUUUGUUCCAUCAAAACAUGAGGCCAAGCGUGUCAUGAAAAUCGUCCGGGCAAUAAGAGAAGGACGAAUUUUACCCUUCAAACCACCCCAAGACGAGGAGGAAGUGGAGGAAGAUGAUCAGAACUACGAUAUCUGGGCUGAUGAACAGCCUCGACCGGAUCAUGCCAUGCAUAUGCCAGCUCCUAAACUUCCACCUCCUGGGUUUGAUGAGAGCUAUCAUCCACCACCAGAGUACCUCCCUGACAAGAAGGAAAAAGAGGCAUGGGAGAAUGCUGAUGAGGAGGAUAGAGAGAAAGAUUUCUUGCCUGCUGAUCACGCAGCACUGAGAAAGGUGCCUGGGUAUGACAGGUUUGUCAAGGAAAAAUUUGACCGUUGUCUCGAUCUUUACCUUGCCCCCCGAGUCCGACGCACCAAACUCAACAUCGAUCCAGAAUCUUUGCUACCAAAACUUCCAAAUCCUGAUGAAUUGCGCCCCUUUCCCACUCACGAAGCCGGACGCUUCCAUGGUCACAAGGGUCGAGUGCGUUCACUCGCCAUUGAUCCUUCUGGGCAGUAUCUGGCAACUGGAGGAGAUGACGGUACAGUGCGAGUGUGGACCAUGGAACCACAGCGCGAGAUUUGGUCUGUGGAGCUUGGCUCUGAUAGCGUCGUCAACGCGGUGCGAUGGCGACCUGGUAAAGACACUCCGAUCCUGGCCUUUUGUGCUGGUGACGAUGUAUACCUGAGUAUUCCCAAACUUGGUGUUGAAAGCAGCCCCGAGGCCAAUGCUGCACAGGAUGUUCUGGAUGCUGGUUGGGGUUAUGCUGCAUCUGAGAUUGCCGCCCCAACAUCCACUAGCAUCAAAUGGAGCAGGCCAUCAAUUGCACAACGUGAUAAAGGUGUUGCAAUCAUCAUACAUCUCGGACAUACUCCAAAGACGCUAUCCUUCCACUCGGGUGGGAACCACUUCGUCACAAUAUGCUCUGCAACAACUGUGCCUGCCUCGCAAGCUAUUGCAAUCCACACGAUAUCCAAGCAUCAAACACAACUCCCAUUUCGGAAAAGAAUUCGUGGUGGUGGUGCUCCUCAGGUUGCUCACUUCCAUCCAAGCAGGCCGUUACUGUUUGUUGCCAAUCAGCGAAUCAUUCGUGCAUACGAUUUGUCAAAACAAUCCUUGUUGAAGAUCAUUCAGCCCGGUGCUCGAUGGAUCAGCAGCUUUGAUGUGCAUCCCACUAGUGCGUCAACUGCAGGUUCAGACAAUCUCAUUGUUGGUUCAUAUGAUCGCAGACUUUUGUGGAUGGAUCUUGAUCUAUCUCCUCGCCCUUAUAAGACACUUCGCUUCCACGAUAAGGCGAUCAGGUCGGUGCGAUUCCACCCAGCCACCAACAGAUAUCCUCUGUUCGCAGACGGUAGUGAUGAUGGUAGCAUCCAGAUUUUCCAUGGGCAAGUAACCAGCGAUAUGAUGAGCAGCGCACAGAUUGUACCACUCAAAGUUCUGCGAGGUCACAAAGUAACUGAAGGCUUAGGAGUGCUGGAGCUUGAUUGGCAUCCUCAACAUCCAUGGCUGGUCAGUGCAGGCGGUGAUGGAAUUUGUAGAUUAUGGGUGCCUUAG